UACCCCCCUCUCCGACAAAGUGGGUGCGCUUGGGGCGGUCCCUGCCUGCUCGCUGGCCAGCAGCGGCGGCCGCUGCCGAGUGUGUGUGUUUCUCCUUGGCUUGUGGUGGGUGGUUAUCGCGACCAGCGCGGGACUAUGUGAAGAAUCACCGGAUAACCAAUUUCCUGCUGCGCGCGGCUUCUCUGCGUGUUCCCUUUCGUGGUGCGCGCCGUGGCCGCCUUUUUCGACGAGACGAACCAACGCUCCCGGGGGCGCCCAGGGAGAAGAAACUCCGCGGCUAUGAUGCGCGACGGCUAGCUACCGUUGUCGCGGUGAUAAAAAAAAGAGAAACUAGCGCUCACACACUCCGCCUCGCGUCACAGCCAUCGAUUCUCCGAGCGACGGUGACGCCCUCUCCCCACAAUGGCAUUGCACGAGGGCUACCAGGUGUCGAUGGUGGCCGACUGCUUCCACGCUGUGCCGCACGUCGAUAUCGGUUUUUCCCCCGUCAAUUCCACUUUCGACCCAACCAGCAACGUCUACCUUGAGAGCCUGGGCAUCCUGAUUGCGGUGCCAGGCUUCUGGUUGAUCCUCACCCUUCUGGCAUUCCUCAUCUUCUUCCUCUGCCGAUGCUGCGACUCGGGUCUCAAGAAAAAACGACGCCUCACACCGCUCAAGUGGAUCCUGGCAUUUUUUGCACUCCUGUGCUGCGGUUCAUUGGCGUUGGGACUAUUUGGAAACGACCAGGCUCACAGUGGUGUAGUGGCCGUGCAGAAAUCAACCCAGUACAUGGAAGACAACCUCAGCAAUUUCGGCAACCAGACGCAAUACCUGGAGCGGUCCCUUGGCCAGAACGCCAAGGACCAGCUGCAGGGGCUUACUGAGGCACUGGCUGGACCCAUGCCUGAUCCUGCUGCCCGAAACUUGCUUGACCGCGGGCUGGAGCUCAUCAAAGGAAACCUGAGCGUCGGCGCUGGGCGCGCCCAGGAGCUGCACUCUCGCAUUGGCCAUCUGACUCUCAGCCCGCUGCCUAGAGCCCUACAGUUGAUGGAGCUCUUCCGGUGGCCUGCGACAAUUGGCCUUCUGUGCGUGCUCAUUCUGGUCUGCCUGCUGCUGCUUUGGGGUGUCAUCCGGCACUCGCGAUGCCUGCUCAUUCUGUUUUCGGUCCUGGGUCUGCUUUCCGUGGUGCUGUGCUGGGUGCUGGUCUCCCUCUAUCUUGGCAUCUGUGUGGCUGGCUCAGACUUUUGCCUGGACCCUGAACCAUUCCUUCAGAAGCAAUCCAGCGGAAUGGUGGACAAUGCUGUGCUCAACUACUACCUUCACUGCAGGGAUGACUCCUCCAGUCCAUUUGUAGAGCCACUCAGAGAGGCGCGAGCAGCUGUCGAUGGCGUGCAGACUCUCUUGGCACCAAUGACACAAGUGGCAGACCGCUACUUUCCCCGCAAGGAGGUGCACUCACUGCUGGGUCAGCUGGGCCAGGAACUCAACGGCAGCCAGAACGCGCUUGGGAUGCUCGGCCUUCUGCUUGACUGCCGCCCACUCAACCGCGAAUACCGGCGCGCCAUGGACGCCACCUGCACCGGCCUUCUGGAGGGCACAGCCUUCAUGCUGGCUUCUGCCUUCGGGGGCGGACUGCUGUUCACGGUGCUUAUCUGGGUGGCCUCUCACACCUGGAUUCACAUUCGACAGAGGCGGCCGCGAGAUACCGUGGACGAGGAGGACCCUUUCCUGCCCCCCUCCGCGGUGGGUGCGCCUCGACGCAGCCGCGACACGAAUGGACGUACCGCAAGCCGUGAAGAGCAAGCAUUUCUGCAAGCCAGGUACACACCGCCCCCAACGGCCAGCAUGCGGCCCGUGGCCUCGGACUCUGGGGAACCGUUGUUGGCGUCCAGGGGUGGCAACACACGCCGGGGCGUCACGCCGGAGCGAGCCCUGUCGUUCUCUUUUGUUUCCUUUGCCACCACGACGGCGACCUGACGUGCGCCACAAAGUUCUGAGAGGGGGAGAAACAGAGACUUGUGACUCCGGCAAUGAGAAGACGUUGAAAACCCACCUUCUUUCCCUCAUUCUUGUACCUUCGCCAUCAUUUGACUGCACAUCCGCACAAGUGUGUUGAACUCACCCGACCAGAGAUUCCCUUUUUCUUUUUCAUCAUCCAACGUGUUACAGAGAACCUUGGUAGAGCUCCUCCAUCUUCCUCUUUUUUUUUUUUGCCCCCUGUACCCGUCUGAUCAUGUGCCGGUUGCUUUCUCAUCUGCUUUCCCACGCUGGAACACGAGUGCAUCUGCUGGGGAUUCGGCGGCAAGAGCAGCUUGGUGUCGUUCAGAAGUUACUGCAAAAUGCUUUUGUUGAAGAAUAUGUUUGAAGAUGCAUUGCAACGAGCCCUGAACUGCUGCUUUCAGCCUGUCCGCAGUGUUUUUGAAUACACAGCAAGGUGUAUCGAGUUUAGAAGGCAUCUGGAUGUAGUGUACCAUCCCAAGCAGUGAUCUUUCUUUAAAUUAACCAAUUGACAGGGCUUGAGGAAGUUUCUUCUUCGAAUAUUUGAUGGUGACUGCUGGUUCUCAUUACGGAAUGUUUGCAUGGUCAGAUUCAAGGUGCCACGUAUCUGCCAAAGUUCUGUGUAAGUUAGCAAGUCAUGGGUGUGACUUGAGACGCAAGAUGAAAGGAGAGAUCAAAGGUAGCAUGAGUAGACAAAGACAGUGGGGCAAUGCCGUGACCUCCCCACCCUGCAAACAUUCUUGCAAAGAUGCCAAAUGAAUUUCAAAGACUUGCCUCAAGAGACAGUCAGUACAAAGUCCUCUGCCAAUGUUUAAUUGACUUCACUGAGCCUGUUGAAUUCGCCAAAGCUCGGCACAAACAGUGAUGCCGCAACAAAGGAAGUUUGUACUCAAGUAUGCAGUUUGCCUACGUGCGGUGCACGUCUGUGUAUCGAGUUACACGACCCACCAUGGCCGAUUCCAGCCAGAAUGGCUUGCACAAGGGGCAAGUGUUUUUGCUGGCACUCCGCGUGGAAUCAACAGAAGAGUUGUGGACGACUGUUUGAGCCACUCAACACGGGUGAGACGAUGCGAGCAAGCUGCGGAGUGAUGUUGCAACCAGCAUAGUGCAAUCCUGAGUUAUCUUUGCUGCUUCUGCAAUGCAAGCCAGUGGUGCCACGUCGCACCGCCAGACUGCUUCAGAAUACCAUCACCUCCUUCACCGAAAGCUGCGCACAAGUGUUGCCACGGAAUGUCAGACAGCUUGGAGACGGAGCGCACACAAUUUCUGCAUGGAGUUGUGUGAAAGGUGUGCCCUGGCAUGUUCGUCACUGUCCUUAUGAAAAGCUGCACAGAAAAGGCUUCGGAGAGUUGGUCAGGUGGGGUAGGGGUGGUGCGGGAGGGUCAUGACAAUGUCUCAACCCUGGCACCGUAGUCAGUUGCAGAUUCUCUCAUGCUGGAUUCGUGGGGAAGUUUCACGGCGCCCUAGAUCACCUCGUGGAAUUACGAUGGUCGGUUGCACGGAGAAAACGCUGCAAAGGGUUGCUCAUGCCACUUGAUGUUGUGCAACUUGUGAUGCAACCUGAUGCGGUUGUGCAACUUGAUGCGGUGAUCAUCUCCCUUGGUGCCCCUCUUUGCCUGCAGCCCCAAACAUUCCUCGACCCAUAGCAGGCCGGUGGUGUUCCUCAUUUCUCUUUUUCCCCUCAAGGAGCCCAGCUAGUCAGCAAAAACCCUGGGGUUGUAAACGACUCUUUUCGGGCACCCAUCGUCCUUCACCCGAAAAGUGCCAGUCGGCGUCGUAUGCCGGUUGUGACUGCCACCGUGACGUCACCGCACGCAUUUGUUUGUUUGUAUGCAUUGCUUUUGCCUUUUUUUUUUUUUUCUCUCGUUGCCGAGAAUCUCGCGCUCCGACAUGCGGGCGCGUGCAUCCACCAAUGCUCAACUUGUGUACAGCUCUGCCACCUAGGUGCGGAUCUCUUUGUGGGAGGCUUUCUCUUUAUUGCAUAUGUGGACAGCCUAGAUAGACAUGCUUAAGCUUUCACAGUCACAAAGUUUGUUUUGUGUACACUUGCUCGGGUCAGAAAUCACUGAAUGGAUCAACAUGAAAAAAGAUUACGGAUGUGUGCAAGGCGUGUUGUGAAAUGUUUUUUUCCAUGGUACUGUCUUGUGCUCCUUAGUAAUGCUUUGCAAAAUGCAUUACUUUACCAGAAAACAAUGCUAGCGCAAGUUUAACGCACACGUUACCAUACAUUUGGCUCCUUGAACGUUGGACCGAAAGCGAAUGAUUUGGUCGUCUGUGCUGGAAAUGUCUUAUCAAAAGAAUGCUUUAAAAGAGAAGGUAAGGUGUGGCUCUCCAGUUCAGAAUGAUUGAAAUUCUCAGCUAUCUUGUUUUGUUGCGUAUUAUGCCUGCUGUUAUUCAAGCUUGUGAAUUGUAUUUGUGGAGUGAAUGACUGUAUUGUCAGUGUAGCUGUGCAUUCGGACUACGCAAGCAUUUUAACUUGAUUAGGUUUGAAGUCUGGCAUUGCCUGCUUUACUCGUUAAAGGGUGAUGCCCAUCUUUUGCACACUAAGAGUGCAGACACAGAUGCGUCGGAGUACCAAACAACCAGGAUAAAAAAAUUUGUCGUCUUGACAAUCGAUUCUCACAUUGAGCAACAUCCGGAUUGCUGUGGACCAAAUCAUUAUAUACACGCACAUACACCCCAGCACAACUUCUUUCACAUUCCUGCGAUUGACGCAUGAAUGCCUACCACUUUUUAUCAGCGUAAGGCGCUGUUUUAAAGAAUAUUUUUAGAAUGUGAUUUCGUGAUGCAACGCGUCGGCAAGAAACCAUCUGGACCAACUGCUUUAGUCAUUCCAGGUGUUUUGUUUUCUCGUGUGCAGGGAAUCAUUGCAUUCCAGUAUUUUAUAUUAAGUGGUCGCACUGCAUUUAUGAAGCACACAUCUGAAAUGUGUGUAAAUAGGUUGCGUUUCUUUCAUUUCAAGCCUCCCUAGAGAGAUCCGUGAGCUGCUGUGCCCACAUUUCACAUUCUCGGGCGUGUCCCGGGUUUGUCGUCAUUGCUGUACGUAGUACGUGUCGUUAAGUGUGCGCUGCGCUGUUUUUGGCGAAGUGCAACUGACGCAUCUCUUUUUGUUGUCUGUGUGUGCAAUGUGUGUACAUCACAAAAGAGAGAAGAAAAAAAAAAGCUUUGUUAAUACUUUUCUUUCUUUUCGCUGAAAGACUGCAGAAGCAACUCCAUAGCUAUCGAAAACCAAAGAUGUAUUGUUCUCGAAGCUUCUGGGUCUUCUCAGCCAGCCAUGCAUUUUGAUUCUCGGAGUGCCCUGGAACCAACAUGUCUGCUGCCAAUGCCGUGUUCAUUUUUUAACCGCGAACGAUUUUGGCAAAACACUGAAAUCUGUGAAGCACUGCGUUAACUCGCUGGGAGGCGGCUGUGCGCUAGGCAUGCACGAAAUGGCUGCGAGUGUGGGGCUUUGAACUCAAGCAGCACUUUUGGCUGUACAUACGUUUCUAGCCAUCACAUCACGCUUUCGGCGAAAUUUUACCUCCACAUUCAGUUGACAGUGGCAGGAACUGUAUUGCAAAGUGAUCAGGUGCCUAUGCAUCACUCUGCCUCAAACGCAUGGAAGAGAAGAAAAAAAAUAUAUAUAAUCAACGCGUAGCUUGGCAUUUCAUGCCGACGUGUUGGCUUCAGGUGCUUUGAAGAUAGCGAUAGACUCAGCGCUGUAGCCAUUUUCCCGCCAGUUUCCAUUGACGAAAACGAAAACCUUGUCAUCCUCUGCUUGUUAGCACAAUGGGUUCUGCUUGGCUACCUCUGUGUAACGACUUUUUCUUUCUUUAUUUCUUUCUUUUUCUGUGUGACUGACUGCCCACAAGGCCUUGCUUCACAGGCAGAAUGCUUAAGGCUCAUCUGUGUAACUAUUUAAGGGAAAGCUUUCCAGAAAUUAUAUUGUGGUCUUAAAGCUAUUGAUUGCGAUCGCUGUAAAAGUGUACAGUUUGUACUUUUUUUUUUUAACCACUCUGUUCUUGUUUACAAAUGUUAAGUAUGUUAUGGUCUCUAAGCUUUGAACAAGCUGUGCUCUUAUUACUGAAAAGACUUCAGCUAUUUUUGUUGCUGCAUUUGAGUUUUAAAGCUUAUAGGAAUUUUCUUAUGAGAACUAAGUUUUGAUUUUGUGCUUGUUGAGUAGGCAAAGCAUUAAUUACCAUACAUGGAAAACGUGCAACCAUGGUGACAAAAAAAAUUGUUUUGUAACAGAUUGGAUGUUUGUUACAAACUGCUUACUCACCACAGUUGCAUUUUUGCUUGACUUGUUCAGGCAGAUCAGUGUUUUAUUUUUGGGAAUUAACAUCAAUGGCAGUUGUAGGUAGAUGCUUACAUUACUCCUCUAUCAACUUGAGUUUGGCUGUUACCUGUCAUUUUUUUUUUUUUUUUACAAGUGAACCCAUGGCAUAGGUGUUACGCAUAUUAUGUUCAUGCCAACGCUGAAAAUUGCUGCCAAGUGAACUGUGAACCGAUGCUGAUGUCGUCGACAGUAGAACCUUUUCAUUCUUUUUCUCCAAGGCCACAAAGACAUUUUUUUUUAUUGGCCAGCCGAACAAAACCAUUUUCAAUGACCUGUGACGAGCAUGUGCUCGGCGCCAAGAAGAAAACAAUUUCCUACCGUUGGUACACCUAGCAGUUUUGUCAAAAUGUAGCCAGAAAUAAAACGAAAAAAAAAAAAAGGUUCUUGAGCCCCA